AUGACCUUCCGAGCAUCCGAUCCUCCGAGGCGCCGGCGUCUUCACAGGUGGGUCGGAGGCAAGCCCAGCACUGCGAACGAUGUGCAGGUCCAGAAACCGCUUUAUAUGACCACCGAGGCGGCAUUCUCCGUACAUGGAAUUCAAAGAGUACCCCAGAAUCCUCCAGUGCCAUAUGGCCAACCUCAAAAUGCUGCAACAGCAUCCAUACUCCAGUUGCCUCCACGACACACCCCGGUCGCACCACCUGCAACACACCCUUAUGUCGCACGAGGAUCCCCGUACCAGACCGUCCACCAUUCCACCCAGAAACCAUGGGCUUCGUAUACGAAUCUAACCCAAUCCGUUUCCAGUUUCGUAUCGCAUACAACAGGAAAGGCCAAUGCGACCAUCUUGGAUCUUGAGAAUCUCGUUUUGAGAAGUCUGAGAGGCGGCUUGAAUGUGCACGAGGCUACUGCGGAGCUCUUCAAUCAAGUCAUCACCCUUACUGAUACUGGGUUGCUUUGCGGGAAAGAAAAUGAGCUCCAGAAGCCUUCGGCGUCAUUGGAUUAUUUCUCCAAGGUUUAUCUCUACGAAAACUCAAGAUUAUCGCCACAUUUACAAGCCCUGAAGUUUUACCCUGCGACUUAUCCUCUACUUCGACUUGCGGCUCAGUAUUCCCGACGUGUCUAUGAUAAACCCAGUGGACAAGAGCGGCACUCAUAUGUGAGCUCUGAUUGGCGACAAGGGACAAAAGCCAUGGUAAUCAAAUCUCUGCCUAUUGACGACAUGAACACAAUCGUCUUUGCUAUUCGUGGCACUCAGAGCUUCCUCGACUGGGCCGUGAAUGUCAAUGCGGCGCCAGUUUCACCAUCAGGCUUCCUCGAUGACCCAGCAAAUUGUUGUCAUGCCGGAUUUCUCUCGGUGGCUCGAAAAUGA